UAAAGUCCAAAAUCGGAAUCCCAUUCGCGCUAUUAAAUCUCAUCAAUGGAAGACAUAAUCCUUCUUUUUCUGCCAGCGACGGAGCUCAGCCAUGAAAGACGACUAUGAGACCGAAGAGAAAAAGCAAGCUGCUGCUGAUGUAUUGUUUCAAUAUUCAAAAUUUGUGAUGGCCUGUAUUGGUAAUCAAGUAAGACCAUGUGACUUAAGAUUUCAUUUGAUGAAGGAAAUUUCUGGAUUACCAACUUCUUUGAAGAGGGAGUCGUCCCAACGAGCAGCUUCUCCCGAUGCCAUGGGCGAAUCGUCAAGCUCGGGUACAGCUAGACUUGAUAAAGUAGACAGCUUUAGAGCGCUAUAGUUUGCCUCCGACUUGAAGGCCUUCACUGCAUUAGGGGUUUGGCUGUGCCUUGUCUAACCUCUUCUCUUCUUUUGUUUAACUCACAAUUUCGUUCUCAUUAAUUGAAGUUUUUCUGUUUGGUGUUUAUGACGAGAUGGAAACCUUCACUGUUUACAUGUAUUUGUUUGAAGUUCUGUAUAUCGAAUGCGAGUACAUGGGUAAUAUUAUGGAUGCUUGGUAAUGUUUUCUUUUCC